AUGUCCGGCUCCAAAAGCAUGAGCCCCCCGGGCUACGCGGCGCAGACAACGGCGGCGCCGGCGCCCAGGGGAGGCACUGAACACCGCUCGGCGUGGGGGGAGGCCGAUUCCCGCGCCAAUGGCUACCCCCACGCCCACAGGGCUUCUGCCCGCGGCUCCACCAAGAAACCCGGGGGGGCUGUGACCCCGCAGCAGCAGCAGCGCCUGGCCAGCCGCUGGCGCGGCGGCGACGACGACGACGACCCUCCGCUCAGCGGCGACGACCCCCUGGCCGGGGGCUUCGGCUUCAGCUUCCGCUCCAAGUCCGCCUGGCAGGAGCGCGGCGGCGACGACUGUGGUCGCGGCAGCCGUCGGCAGCGGCGGGGUGCGGCCGGCGGGGGCAGCACCCGGGCGCCCCCUGCGGGCGGCGGCGGCGGCUCGGCGACGGCGGCGGCCGCAGCGGGCGGGACGGAGGUGCGCCCCCGCUCGGUGGAGGUGGGCCUGGAGGAGCGGCGGGGCAAGGGCCGCGCGCCUGACGAGCUGGAGGCCGGCGCCGUCGAGGGCGGCGAGGGGUCCGGGGAUGGCGGCAGUUCGGCGGGCUCAGGCGCGGGGCCCGGUGCGGUGCUGUCGCUGGGCGCCUGCUGCCUGGCGUUGCUGCAGAUAUUUCGCUCCAAGAAGUUCCCGUCGGACAAGCUGGAGCGGCUGUACCAGCGCUACUUCUUCCGCCUGAACCAGAGCAGCCUCACCAUGCUCAUGGCCGUGCUGGUGCUCGUGUGCCUGGUCAUGCUGGCCUUCCACGCGGCGCGGCCACCGCUGCAGUUGCCCUACCUGUCCGUGCUAGCGGCCGCCGUGGGCGUGAUCCUCAUCAUGGCAGUGCUCUGCAACCGUGCCGCCUUCCACCAGGACCACAUGGGCCUGGCCUGCUAUGCGCUCAUCGCCGUGGUGCUGGCCGUCCAGGUGGUGGGUCUGCUGCUGCCCCAGCCGCGCAGCGCCUCCGAAGGUAUCUGGUGGACGGUGUUCUUCAUCUACACGAUCUACACUCUGCUGCCCGUGCGCAUGCGGGCCGCAGUGCUCAGCGGGGUGCUUCUGUCUGCCCUCCACCUGGCCAUCGCCCUGCGCACCAACACCCAGGACCAGUUCCUACUCAAGCAGCUUGUCUCCAAUGUCCUCAUUUUCUCCUGCACCAACAUCGUGGGUGUCUGCACCCACUACCCAGCCGAGGUCUCCCAGAGACAGGCCUUCCAGGAGACCCGGGAGUGUAUCCAGGCGCGGCUCCACUCGCAGCGGGAGAACCAGCAGCAGGAGCGGCUUCUGCUGUCUGUCCUUCCCCGUCAUGUUGCCAUGGAGAUGAAAGCAGACAUCAAUGCCAAGCAGGAGGAUAUGAUGUUCCAUAAGAUUUACAUCCAGAAACAUGACAACGUGAGCAUCCUGUUCGCUGACAUCGAGGGCUUCACCAGCCUGGCAUCCCAGUGCACUGCCCAGGAGCUGGUCAUGACCCUCAACGAGCUCUUUGCCCGCUUCGACAAGCUGGCUGCGGAGAAUCACUGUUUGCGUAUUAAGAUCCUGGGGGAUUGUUACUACUGUGUCUCAGGGCUGCCUGAAGCAAGAGCUGACCACGCCCACUGCUGUGUGGAGAUGGGCAUGGACAUGAUUGAGGCCAUCUCGUUGGUCCGGGAGGUGACUGGGGUGAACGUGAACAUGCGCGUGGGAAUUCACAGUGGGCGAGUACACUGCGGUGUCCUUGGUCUCAGGAAGUGGCAGUUCGACGUCUGGUCUAAUGACGUCACGCUGGCCAAUCACAUGGAAGCUGGUGGCAAAGCGGGGCGCAUCCAUAUCACCAAGGCCACUCUCAACUACCUGAACGGGGACUACGAGGUGGAGCCCGGCUGCGGGGGCGAGCGCAACGCCUACCUCAAGGAGCACAGCAUUGAGACCUUCCUCAUCCUGCGCUGCACCCAGAAGCGGAAAGAAGAGAAGGCCAUGAUCGCCAAGAUGAACCGCCAGAGAACCAACUCCAUUGGGCACAACCCGCCACACUGGGGGGCCGAGCGCCCCUUCUACAACCACCUGGGCGGCAACCAGGUGUCCAAGGAGAUGAAGCGGAUGGGCUUUGAAGACCCCAAGGACAAGAAUGCCCAGGAAAGUGCAAACCCUGAGGACGAAGUGGAUGAGUUUCUGGGUCGGGCCAUCGACGCCAGGAGCAUCGACAGGUUGCGAUCUGAGCAUGUCCGCAAGUUCCUCUUGACCUUUAGGGAGCCUGACUUGGAGAAGAAGUACUCCAAGCAGGUGGAUGACCGCUUUGGUGCCUACGUGGCCUGUGCCUCUCUCGUCUUCCUCUUCAUCUGUUUUGUCCAAAUCACCAUCGUGCCCCACUCCGUGUUCAUGCUGAGUUUCUACCUGGCCUGCUUCCUGCUGCUGACCUUGGUGGUGUUUGUGUCCGUCAUCUACUCCUGUGUGAAGCUCUUUCCCACUCCACUGCAGACCCUCUCCAGGAAGAUCGUGCGGUCCAAGAUGAACAGCACUCUGGUUGGGGUGUUCACCAUCACUCUAGUGUUCCUGUCGGCGUUUGUCAACAUGUUCAUGUGCAACUCCAAGGACCUGUUGGGCUGCCUGGCGGAAGAGCACAACAUCAGCGCCAGCCGGGUCAACGCCUGCCACGUGGUGGAGUCGGCCGUCAACUACAGCUUGGGCGAGGAGCAGGGCUUCUGCGGCAGCCCCUGGCCCAACUGUAAUUUCCCUGAGUACUUCACCUACAGCGUGCUGCUCAGCCUGCUGGCGUGCUCCGUGUUCCUGCAGAUCAGCUGCAUCGGGAAGCUGGCGCUCAUGCUGGCCAUCGAGCUCAUCUACGUGCUCAUGGUGGAGGUGCCUGGUGUCACACUCUUCGACAAUGCCGACCUGCUGGUCACUGCCAACACGAUAGACUUCAACAACAACGGCACCUCCCAGUGCCCUGAGCAUGCAACCAAGGUGGCAUUGAAGGUGGUGACGCCCAUCAUCAUCUCAGUCUUCGUGCUGGCCCUAUACCUGCAUGCCCAGCAGGUGGAGUCCACUGCCCGCCUGGACUUCCUCUGGAAACUGCAGGCCACGGAGGAGAAGGAGGAGAUGGAGGAGCUGCAGGCCUACAACCGGCGGCUGCUGCACAACAUCCUGCCCAAGGACGUGGCCGCGCACUUCCUGGCCCGCGAGCGGCGCAACGACGAGCUCUACUACCAGUCCUGCGAGUGCGUGGCCGUCAUGUUCGCCUCCAUCGCCAACUUCUCCGAGUUCUACGUGGAGCUGGAGGCCAACAAUGAGGGUGUCGAGUGCCUGCGGCUGCUCAACGAGAUCAUUGCCGACUUUGACGAGAUCAUCAGCGAGGAUCGGUUCAGGCAGCUAGAAAAGAUCAAGACCAUCGGCAGCACCUACAUGGCUGCCUCGGGCCUCAACGACUCCACCUACGACAAGGUGGGCAAGACCCACAUCAAAGCUCUGGCUGACUUUGCCAUGAAGCUGAUGGACCAAAUGAAGUAUAUCAAUGAACACUCCUUCAACAACUUCCAGAUGAAGAUCGGGCUCAACAUCGGCCCUGUGGUGGCCGGGGUGAUCGGGGCUCGCAAGCCUCAGUACGACAUCUGGGGCAACACAGUGAAUGUGGCCAGCCGCAUGGACAGCACGGGUGUGCCCGACCGCAUUCAGGUCACCACAGACAUGUACCAGGUGCUGGCCGCCAACACAUAUCAGCUGGAGUGCCGGGGAGUGGUCAAGGUCAAGGGCAAAGGCGAGAUGAUGACCUAUUUCCUCAAUGGAGGGCCCCCGCUCAGUUAGCAGCUGCCAGCCAAUGGUGCCAGGCAGCCUGGACUCCAGAGGAAUGGAAACGGCUUCUGUGUGCCGGGUGGGCAGCGCGAAGCCUGCGCUCCAGCCCACAUGGCCGCGCUGCUGAGAUUUUCCACUUUGACUCCAGA